GAUCGGCCAGCAGGUGUCUGUUUGCUCAUUGUCGAGUGCACAGCGCGUAUACGUGCAGCAAAACGCAUCGAAAGAGGAACAAGAGCGACGGGAGUUGUUGCCUAGCCGCGUGGACGGCUGCUGUACAGCAGUUGAUAUCGUUACCAGAGAUAUGGCGGUAGCCUCGGUUCAGUCCUCGCAGUUAAGUCUCGAGUGUAAUUAUGUCCGCAUCAUGAAUCGAUUUCAGCUACUGUUCCUUAAAAUUCGCGACCGCCGUUGCCCAGAACCACUGGUUUCCGUCUAAUUAUGCGGAAAUACGAGCCGAUAGCUAUUAGAAACGAAAGUGAAGCUCCACGCUUUUAGGAGAAUAAAGUGGUUUGCAAUUAUAUUGCUCGACGAAUGACAGAGAAAUGCAGUUUUCGUGCAAGCUUCUAAUCCUGACGAUAUGUGCGCGUCGCGCUUUGGCGCUCAAUCAGACUCAACUUGGUGACGUAGCUGCGGUUUCGGACGACAACGACGCCUCCAGUUAUAUCAUGGAAAACACUGCUUUGGCUACUACACAAAAUUACAGACCUUCGAGGUGGCAACGUCACAAUCGCGAGGGUUUCGUUGCGACAGAGCCACGCGUCUCUCAUGAGGACUACCAAGACGAAGAGGACUCGCCCGAUCAUCGCGAUGCCCCCGAAACCAAGGCAAUGAGCCAACCGAAAGUCGUCGAUUACUGGAAUGGCUACUACGACUUCCUCAUUAACGAGGGCAGUUACAAAUUUUGGGCUGUUUUUCAGCUCGCUACGGCAGCGCUGCUGAUCUACAGUGGAUUCGCAGCCCUCUAUUAUGCUAAAAUCAAUCCACAGAUAAGCGAGGACUAUCCCGAUGAUUUCUUGAGGCGUCGACGGCGUUACGCCGAUUGGGACGGACCACCCGCUGAUCGUCCUUUCUUUGGCUUUCAACCAGAGAUUUUUCAGAGAAUAAUCGACGCGAUUGCUGAAGACGUACAUUAAUUUUACGAUUUGUCUUCUAUCAGAAGUAUAUGAUGCGUUGGUUAAUGUCAAAUUUUUGAAAACAUAUGCAUUGUUGUAAAUAAUAUAACAUGGAAGUCAUCAAAAGUUUCGGCAUGAGAUAUGCCACUGAAAAGAAUGAUCUUUUUAGAAAGUAUAAAUUAUCUUGUAAUAAAGGAUAAUCGUCUUGUUAUAGGAGUACUUUUUUCAGUAUCAUUAUUUGAUAUUCAAGGUAUAAUUUUAAGAGAAACAUAUAGUCAGAUAGUACAUUUUAAUAUGUUGAUAGGAGCUAUUUACAUAAUGGAACACUGCACAAUUUGGUUUAUAAUCAAUUACCUUCUAGAUAAAAAAUAAUGCUCGUUUGUUCAAUAAAAAUAUUCCAUACAGUAGUGAGUAAUAGACUCGUUAAUACGAGUACAUUCCAUAUAUUUGUAUUAGUCAGUUUUUAGUUGCCAUAUCGAUAUUAAUAGUAUACUUACAUUUGAUAUUUCUUAACGUCGUCUAAAUAUUGUAAUAUUGAUUAUUACUAUAGGCAUGUAUAAAAUUGUGUGUAUAUAAUAAUUAUAAUUAUUAUACGUAUACAAAUGCAAUCUGAU